GGUGAUGAACUCUCUCCCUACCAGUAGUGACUGUAAAAAGGACAUCCCCAGUGCUCUAUAUUUAUUGGCCAUCCAGGCUUUCUGUAAAGGCUAAUGACCUUUCUUGGACUUGCAAGCUCAGGGAAUUUGCUAGUGACCAGCGAUUGCAGGUUGGGCUUGGCAUCUGCAGAACUGCUGCUUAGUACAGUCUCCCCAACAAUGAGAUUCUGAAGUCAGAAUUUUGCUAGUAAAUGGGUUGAUGAUGCUUGAGGCAGAAGAGAAUCUAGCUUGCUCUUCAGUGGAUAUAAGCUGCAAGGUUGAGGAUGGCAAACUGAUUUUUGCCAGUCAACUAAGAAGAUAUGAUUCAUUUAAAAAAAAAAAAACACAUGGGCAGCAAAGAGGUGUUUGUUUAUGGUCAGCUUCCACACUGGAAGGAUAUGACAUUUGCAGAAGCAAGAAAAUUACUAGCAAAGAGUCCUCCUAAGCCGAAAUGGAAAAGCCGUGCAACAAAUAGACACACAUAGGGGUGGCAUGUGGCUAGGCCUUCAUGUUGGAGAGCCCUUAUUAGGAUACUUCCUUGCUUUUGUUUUAUUGCAAUGCUAUGAAAUGAAAAUGUUUGUGUUGCGAUUACUGUAAAGAAGCCUUUUUGGUUAAUAAUAAUAAUACAUUUGUCUUGCUGGAGAUGUCUUCCUUCUUCUGUUGUUUUUUGCAGGUAUGUUAUUUAUCUAGGUUCCCUUUUUGAUGCCCCUCACUGUGAGCUUUUGAGCACCUCCAAAGAAGAAUGAUGUCAAUGAUACCUCAUUAUUACUUACCUAUGGGAAAGAGUCAGGGAGGGGAGGGGUCUUUUAACUAUUAAAUUUAGAAAAAUGGGAAUACUGGCAGAAGGCUGGAGUUGCAGAAGAGCUUGGGAGAACAAGUGGGUUUGGUCUUUAGCUCUUAAGAAAUUGAGAUUAGUGGUGGUUCUUAUUCCAGCUGAUAGUGAGUAGUGUAGCCUGGGUCCAGCUGCUGUGAAGUUCUGUCCACCAGGAGGAGUGUAGACGUUCUUCCCUGCAUCCCACAACCCAUUUAGUUUAAGAAAGAGAAGGAUAUGGAGUGACUGGAUCACAGUCUGUAAGUACACCGGACCCUCACUAGAAUGCAGGAUUUGGGAUCCAUGUGCGGGGACCGCGUUAAAAUUAAUUGCAAUUAAAGUAAUUAAAUUUGGGAUCCAUGGCCGCGACCGUGUUCCAUGCAAAUUCGCAUUAUAUAGACGCGCGUUCUAGCAAGGGUCCGCUGUACCUAAGUGGGGAACAAAAAUUUGAUAAGAGAGGGCUUUUCAAUCUAGCAGCCAAAGGUCGAACAUGAUCCAAUGCUGGAAGUUGAAGCUAGACAAAUUCAGAUUGGAAAGAAGGUGUAAAUUUUUAACAGUGAGGGUAAUUAGCCCUUGGAAUAACUUCCCAUGGUCAUGGUGAAUUCUCCAUCACUGACCACUUUUAAAUCAAGGUUUGGUGUUUAUCUAAAAGAUCUGCUCCAGUUUAGGGUAGCGCUCUGGCCUGUGCUAUGCAGGAGGGCAGGCUAAAUGAUCACAGUGGUCUUGGAGUCUAUGAAUCUCUCCCAUUUGCCAGAGUUGUUUACUCUGCUCCCUGCUCCGCUGAGCACAGAAUGCUGCUGUGAUCGGUUCUAAACCCUGGCAUAAUCAACAGAGUACCUGCGCUGGUGCAGGGGGUUCUGUGUCUGGAGAUAAAUUCCAGAUGGCUCUUGCAGAAUACACAGGAGCCCUGCUGUUCUCUGGCCAAGGGAUGGGGGCGGGCUCCAAAACUGUAUUCACACAUGAAAACAAAACUUAUAACCUGGCUGGAAGUGUGGUUCCCCACAGGGGCCCUGGAACCCAGUGUUGAGCACAAUCGGGUAGCUGUUUGUAUCUGGUUAGCUCUGGUAAAGUCCUCUCUUAGGAGAUGUGUGCAGCCUUGAUUCCCAUCGGAGCUGGUGCUCAGCACCUCACAGGGUUGCUCUCCUAGAGGCCUGUGCUGCCUAAUUUAGGGUUUGGUCCUGCUCCCAAUGAAGGGAGGUUCGCCACUGAUGCGUGCUGGAAGUGUGAUCAUGCCUGUAGAUUGUAAGCUCUUUGGGGUCAUGCCCACGUCGCUCACUAGGAAUCGUGAUCCGUCCUCAAGUAGGCGUCUGUGUCUGUGUAUGUAACUCAGCCCUGCAGUGAGAGGUUCCUUGCUGUGCCGUCAGCUGACAUGUACCUCAAGAGGGAAGUUAUGAGUGAGACAGCCCGUGGGAUAGCGUCUUUCCAGCGGGUUCAGACUGGACUCUGCUGCUAGCAGAGAGAGAGUGGGUGGACAGUGCAGUCCUGCCCUUGCUUGCGUGGGAGGUCUGUGAUCCUUAGAACGCCCCUGCUCAGUUACUGUUAUCAAAUGUUCCCAUUGUGGUCACAUUCACCUACAGAACAGCUCCUUCAAAAAGCACAACAAUGGGCUCCUGUUUGUGCAGGAUUCUGCUGGCGCUGCCCUGCCUGACUGGGAGACCUUUGAUAUUUUGGCUGGCAGACUGGUUGGCUGUGCCCUGCCUGGUAUUCCCUUGUGAAAGCCGCGAUAGGCUGCCCUUUCACUGAAAGGCACUAUCCUGUCUCCCACCCAUUUACAAAGCCAGGCAUCACUGAAAACACUGUUAGCUGGAAGAUCCGUCUUCACCCUCAGUGAGCAAGCAACACCUGAAGCCUUCCUUCAUUGGAGUCCAUCCUGCCAUCUGAUUCCGCAACUCUGCAGCUUGACACGUGUUAGGAUUUCUAGCUGUACUACACCUGCUGAGUGAGGGAGCUUUACUCUGCACUUGUGAAAGCCUUUGACACCAGUAGCAGAGAGAAGCUGUGAAACACAAGAGUGGUCUGACUGUGUUGGACUGAUAUCUCUGGUGGCUCCUCAUACUGCAGAAACCCAUUUAAAGAGACAUGGAUCUUGAAAGAAUCAUUCGAGACUCUCUGACAUGCUUCAUCCAGUCCCACAUCCCUGAUGCUGAUCUCAGCGGGAUGGAUGAAGUCUUCUUCUCCUACAUCGCUAGUGUCCUGGAAGAACUAGGCUCACCAGAGUCGUCCGAGGAGAACUUUGAUAUGGACACGUUUGUGGAAAUGAUGGAGGCGUAUAUCCCUGGCUUUGCAGAAAUCAACAGCGGGAACAUUUGUGAAAUGAUGUUUGCCCUCUCAGAAAGGCUCAGUGAAGCUCGCAACAAAGGAAAGGUUUGCCAAAAGGCUGCAGAGAGUGCGAGCAGUGCCCCUGCUGAAGAGCUGAACCACAGCGAUGAGCAGGGGGCAGGAGCUUCUGAUGAGGGGAGGCUGCAUAUACCAGCAGAGGGAGCCAUGGCUCAGGGAGCAGAAGGUGACCCGAAGGAUGGGGUGGAGCUGCUCCUGGAGAUGUUCCCAGCCUGCACCCUCAGCCAGGCUCAGAAGGCACUAACCAUGGCACUGGGAAAUCUGGACGAGGCGGUGCAAUUACUGGUGGAGGAGAAGGUGGAACCUGGCCCAGGGGGUGCUAACGUGAAGGAGACAGCAAGGCCCUGCCGAGUGCCCAAACAAGACGACCUCAAACAAUUUAUCUUACAGAAAUACAUGAUGGUGGACAGCGAGGAGGACCAGAAAACACACAGGCCGGUGCCGCCAAAGGAGGUGAGGAGAGCCACGGUCGGUAUGGCUAUGAGAGUCUUUGGCUAUAGCAGGGUCCAACUACAGGUUGGCAGCAGGGUGAAUCUGCCACAGUUAAAGCCCCAUUCACAGAGCCUUUGGCUGGAAGGAAGGGGGAACUGGUCCAGCCAAGAGAGGUGUAAGACUGGCAGCAGGAGCUGUCACUGUUUACCACUUCAGCCUAAUGCUGUGCUUCCCCACGGGGGUGUAUGUAUACCCCCAUGGCUUCAUCUUGCUUUCCUACCAGUUAUUUAACCAAGACUCACGCAGUGUUCUCCAGCUGCUGAGAUCAGCUAGUCCUGCUCUUAAAGAACGUGUGAAACACCGAACCUAAUGCUUUCAGUUGAUGCUAAUUCCACCUGCCCCGAAGACACACCCAAGCCUGCCCUGCAGAUGCACCCAGGGCUCCCAUCACUUUCCACUUCACAUCAAUUUCACUUCCUUCCUAGGCUCCCAAGAAACUGAUCCGCUACAUUGACAACCAGGUGGUGAGUACAAAGGGAGAAAGGUACAAAGACAUUAAGAAGCCAGAGAGCGAGGAGAUG